GUCUAUUCAAAUUUUUAAUUAAUUGUAUCAUAGUAUGUAUUAUUUAAAUAUAUUUUAAAAUGCUACGUAAGACCCUAAGACAGAGAAGAGAGUAUAUAUUCCUCAAAUCAAGAGAAAAUAAAGAUAAAUACUCCUUAAAGAAAGCUAGAGAGCUAAAUGAAGCUUUAAAAAAUAAUAAACCAAUUCCUACAGAGUUAAGAAACCAAAGUGGAGUUGUUCAGGCUUCAUUGGACCUACUUGAUGCCAAAAGAAGAGAAGAAUACUCUCAUGUGGACAAUGAAUAUGCUUUUUGUGGAUUUAAGGACCCGAAAAUUCUUAUAACCACCUCAAGGAAUCCAUCCAGUAGACUUACGCAAUUUGCUAAGGAGUUGUGCUUAAUAAUCCCAAAUUCAGAACGCUUGAAUAGGGGUUCAUAUAUUUUAAAAGAUUUGGUGGAAUUUUGCAGAUCUAAAGAUGUCUCAGACAUGGUUCUGAUUUAUGAAACGAGAGGUAACCCCAACUCAAUGAUCAUAACUCACCUUCCACAUGGUCCAACAGCGUAUUUUCAACUCUCAGAUGUAGUUCUGAGACACGACCUCACUGAAAAACUGCCAACCAUGUCCCAAGCUUACCCGCAUCUAAUGUUCCAUAACUUUACAAGCCCACUUGGUGAGAGGAUCAAGGACAUCAUAAGGUACAUGUUCCCUCCUCCAAACACAAACGAGACGAGAAUAAUGUCGUUUAUUAACGAAAAGGACAAAAUUAUAUUUCGCCACCAUGUUUGGACAGAAAAAAAGAUCGGAGCUGAAGAUAAAAAGGUCGCCUUGAAGGAAAUAGGGCCAAGAUUUGUACUAAAACCAUUUAAAAUAGAACUCGGAACAGUAGACAUGCGUGACCUUGAAACUGAGUGGGUCUUAAGACCGUACUUUAAUACUCACAAACCAAUUCUAGCAUCAUAAUCUAACUAAAAUAAACAA